AGAGGAGGAAGACCAUAAUGACUCUGAAAAUUGCUACCAGAGCAUAGACGAUUUAUUGAAAGAGCACAUUUUAAAGAGUGAAACAACGAAUGGCAGCAAGGGUUCCUCUCCUAAGUACAAGAGACCGCGAUAUGAAAGUGACUCCUAUGAGUCCUUUCGAAAAGCACGGGGCAAUGAAAGUGGAGGGUAUAGAAGGAUUCACCAAAAAUCUUCAAAAUCCA